CGCGCUUUCAAGAGGCGGUGGUCAUCGUCACAGCAGCAGCAGACAGCACGAAGGUGUUAUAGCUCAGACACAUUCUCAGGUCAGAGUCCUAAUUACUGAUAAUGUCAAACACCAGGCUUAUUCAACACAUCCGCAGCCCUCCUCAACCCCCAACACCGAUACUAGCAUGUUCAAAGUUGUUUUUAUGUGUCAUGCCCAUUGCGCAGAUUGCAAUUGGUGCUAUACAUCUGGAUGACUGUCCGCGGCAGCACUACAUCCCCAUCUAUUUAAUUGUGGUGGGAGUCUUUGGCCUGUUGCUGGCGUUGCUCUCCUGCCUGCCCUGCGCUCAAAAGUCCGAAGACAGCGCCCCCAACCCGCUCAGUCAAGUCUGCACGGCCUGGAACUCGUUGACAUCUUCCUUUCUCUUUGGCUGGUUUAUUGCUGGUAAUGUGUGGAUAUACUCUAUUUAUGAGCCUAACUACAACAAGAAUACAACCAAUGUGGAUCCCUACUGCGACCGGACACUCUACCUGUUUGCCUUCUGGACCACCACCUUGGUCUACAUCCUCCUGGGUCUGUUCCUGGUGGUCGGCUGCUGUGUCCUCUGCUGCUUCUGCGUGUGUGGCCGAGCCAACCCAGUCAACAAUGUCUAGGGACAAACAAACCAGUGAGGAGACAGGAUGCAUCUCAUGGGGCUGCACACAAUGGCUUGGCUGCUAAAGGUUCAUACAUUGCAACACAAGACUAAUAUGUCUUGUCUGAACACCUAUCAUGUUUCAUAAUGGCACUUCUAGUCGCACAACCUUUGUUUUGGCAGCCCCAGUAGAUACAUGCCUAACUCCAAGAUGCUGUACAUUUUACACUGAUUAUAAAUAACGUCUGGGUUUUCUCAAUGCUGAGCCUUUUCUACCUCCUGCCGAAGCUGCAAUACAUUCUGUUUGUAGUAAUCUUCUCUCACUUCCUGUCCAAAAGAUGUAUGAGAUGCGUUGUUUACAUGUUGAGCCAGGGAUUGGGUUUAAACUUAAUGCAGAGUAAAGAAUAAUAUGCUAAAAUGUCUGUUUUUAGUGAGUUCAUUUAGACUUUUUUGUACUUUAAUGCUCAUGAUUGUUGACAAUUUGUCAAGUUUUGUAAAGAUUGUUGACAAGCACUGUAAUAGACCGUAGUUUCUUAUACAUCAUAAGCCUAUAUUUAAUACUUUAUGAUGCCUAAUGCAUUGGUUUGUUCCUUAUUUAAUCACAACACUAAAAUUAGUCUACAGAUCAAACUGUAUCCGAUGAGAUUUUACUGCUAUAAGUUAUAUACUAACUAUUAAGAUCACAUACAGUAUAUUAACCAUAAUACAAUCAAAGAUAUGCUGUAUUUUCUUACCUGAGGAAUUAAUUAAAAGAGAAAGAAAUGUGUUUUAUGGGAACUCUGCAAAAGAGGGAAUACUUUGAACCCUUGUGCAGACUGCUUUGGCACUCUGUUAAACUGUCUCCUUCUGCUUGCAAGAGAAUAAUAAAAUAACAGACAACUCCA